AUGCCGAGUGCCAUCACUCUUCGUCCACACUCUUGGAUGGAUCGCAAUGGAAAUUGGCCCAUCUCUCCUGUUGACGAUCGGACCAUGCAUGCACCAGUGAAAAACGAGAUUGCCGCCCAUUAUACCGACACACAAGAGACUUCCAACCCCGCCAAGCUUCGCCGGCGAGCCUCACAGGGUUCUCUACGGACACGACCAUCUCCUGUGUCACGCUUCUUGUCCAAGAGCAGCGUGAACGUCAACUUCCCGUCCUGGGAACAUCGCUCCUCGCAUGGGUCGCCCCGGUCUGAAUCACGCACCAGAUCGGCCGAUUCUCGCCUGCGCCUCUCUACCACCGUGUCUCGCGGGCCGAGACCUCUGACUGCCUCCCCCUCGUGGAACUCACCUCCCGCAUACCAGGGUGAAUACCCCGCCACAUUACCCCCCACGCCGCCAGAGGACGACAUCCCCGUAGCCUGGGACACCAAGUCCGAGAUGCUGCUCUUCGACACACAUCGACCGGGCUCAAUGUCCAUGAUGGAUGAAACACCGAGCGUGGACAACUCCUCGACAAACGGGGCUUCAGAUACUCUCAGCAGCCCGUCAGAUGGGCUAUCUCACAGAUCCUCCAGCUCUGGCGGCAGUCCAGGACCUCAGGAUGAAAUGGACUGUCAGCACGAUAUGGGGUCAUGGCUGGAUCAUGGCAUCAAUAUGACUGCUUCAGCACUCGCUCUCGCCAACCCUCGCGGUGAGGCCGUCAAAAUCGUCUCCCAAACACUCCCAUACCCUCAAACAUCCGACCAGUCGGUAUCAUUACCAAAAACCGACAGCGUCUUCUCCUCCAUGGUCCAGGCCGUCCACAACCACCUGCAACCUGGCCAAUCCCCCUACAUCAACGUCACCCACGCCGUACCGGAACAUUUCAGCCUCACCAACCUACCCCACUCUCCACCCAGCACUCCUCGCUCCCCGACUGCCGCAGAGGAUUACUUCAAUGCCACCGUUUUCUCCAGUGCGGCAGUCGUUGGUGCAUACCACGAUUACCGUGGUCCCCUCCAACGGCAAAUGACGCAUGCCCCCAUGCCCAUCGUGCCUCCUCACAGCGUCCACAUCUCCGUCCUCGAGCGCUACCUUCCUCCUCCCUCAGCGCAAGAAUACCGUGAUGUGUUCUGCCCCACCCGCCCGUCGUUCCUCGUCGACCGUAUGAGCGAACUGUCGCCAAACGGCGGCUCUCUUCUCUUCGUGUACCCUACCAAAAAGGGUGCCUCCACCUUCAAAUCCCAAUACCUGGGACCCAUCCUUGACCCCCUUCUCCGUCAAUUGGUUGUGGUAAACGAGCUCUCCGCCGACGUAGGCCGCUACCUUGGCAAGCUCUCCUCGGUCUCCCAAAUGGACGACUUCGCCACCAUGAAAGCCAACAUCGUGGCUCUUUGUGAAUCCCUCAGCUCUCCCUCCUCCAGAUUCCACGUCGCAGACGCCGGUCGCGGAAGCACCCACCUCGACCGCAACCAGUGGGCUGAAUGGUUUAUUCACCAAGAGAAGGCCCGCAUGAAGGAAGUCCUCAGCAUAUACUGGCAGAAUGGCCGUCGUCCCCACAAGACGAUGGGUUCCGGCAUGAUGGGCAGCAAAGAAGUCACAUCAUCUGGCCUUCUGAGCGAGAUCUGCGAUGGUAUCCGCAAACGACGAUAUGGCGAAGACAAUGAGCCUCGCGAUGGCAUCGAGCUUGGUGUUUUUGUGAUUCGUCGAUCCAACUAG